UGGUUCCUCCUUUCAGUCGCGAGGUCGGUCUGCGUAGGUGUGCUCCGGAGCUAGUCUCGGCACACAUUUUAUUAUUAUGAAACAAACCACAAGCUAGAGCGCAACACGCAGACAUAUUUUUAUAAGAAAACUAAAAAUCGGUGAAGCAGGAUUUGAUUGUCCCAAACCUACGCAAAGAGACGCGGGAACACCUCGAGAAAGCAGAAUCAGCCGACCAGCCCAGCGCGACCCGCCAGCUCCUCCAGGCCUCACCGCAGCAGCGUGCUCGCCGCUCCGCCACGCCGACGACCCCCGCCUCAUCCCCGCUCGAUUACCUCCCGAUCCGCGGUCCUGGUCGUGUUUGUAGCCAGACAUGAACCCCAGCGCGCCCAGCUACCCCAUGGCCUCCCUGUACGUGGGGGACCUGCACCCGGACGUGACCGAGGCCAUGCUGUACGAGAAGUUCAGCCCCGCCGGGCCCAUCCUGUCCAUCCGGGUGUGCAGGGACAUGAUCACCCGCCGGUCCCUCGGAUACGCCUACGUCAACUUCCAGCAGCCGGCCGACGCCGAAAGAGCCCUGGAUACCAUGAACUUUGACGUCAUCAAGGGCAGGCCUCUCCGCAUCAUGUGGUCUCAGCGUGACCCCUCUCUGAGGAAGAGCGGAGUGGGAAACAUCUUCAUCAAGAACCUGGACAAGUCUAUAGACAACAAGGCCCUCUAUGACACAUUUUCUGCCUUUGGAAACAUCCUCUCCUGCAAGGUGGUUUGUGAUGAAAAUGGCUCAAAGGGUUACGGCUUUGUGCACUUUGAGACCCAUGAGGCUGCUGAGCGUGCCAUUGAGAAAAUGAACGGCAUGUUGCUCAAUGACAGAAAAGUAUUUGUCGGACGCUUCAAAUCACGCAAAGAGAGAGAGGCUGAGCUUGGUGCCCGUGCCCGAGAGUUCACCAACGUUUAUAUCAAGAACUUUGGGGAGGACAUGGAUGACGAGAAGCUGAAGGAGCUGUUUGGCAAAUAUGUGUCUCCGUCUGUAGGCCCUGCACUCAGUAUCCGGGUGAUGACGGACGAGACGGGCAAAUCCAAGGGGUUCGGCUUCGUCAGCUUCGAGAGGCACGAAGAUGCGCAAAAGGCUGUAGACGACAUGAAUGGGAAAGAGCUGAACGGCAGGCAAGUUUACGUGGGCCGUGCGCAGAAGAAAGGAGAGCGCCAAAACGAGCUGAAGCGCAAAUUUGAGCAGAUGAAACAGGAUCGCAUGACCAGAUACCAGGGUGUCAAUCUGUACGUGAAAAACCUGGAUGACGGCCUGGACGAUGAACGUCUGCGCAAAGAGUUUUCUCCAUUUGGAACCAUAACGAGUGCAAAGGUGAUGAUGGAGGGCGGCCGCAGCAAGGGCUUUGGCUUCGUGUGCUUCUCCUCCCCGGAGGAGGCCACCAAGGCCGUGACGGAGAUGAACGGACGCAUCGUGGCCACCAAGCCCCUGUACGUGGCCCUGGCCCAGAGGAAGGAGGAGCGCCAGGCUCACCUGACCAACCAGUACAUGCAGAGGAUGGCCACCGUCCGCGCCGUGCCCAACCCGGUCCUCAACCCCUACCAGCCCGCACCGCCCUCGGGCUACUUCAUGGCGGCUAUUCCCCAGGCCCAGAACCGCGCAGCAUAUUACUCUGCCAACCAGUUGGCCCAGCUCCGCCCCAGUCCCCGUUGGGCAACCCAAGGAGUGCGUCCUCAGCAUUUCCAAAACAUGCCCAAUGCCAUGCGUCCAUCAGCACCAAGGCCCCAGACCUUCAACGCCAUCCGUGCUGCCGCCAACACCAACACCCAGGUCCCACGCAUGAUGACGUCCCAGCGUAUGCCGACCCAAGCGCUCGGCCAGCGCCCCACCAGCGCUUCAGCCGCCGCUGCCCCGGUGCGAGCCAUGCCCCAGUACAAGUAUGCUGCUGGUGUGAGGAACCCCCAGCAACACAUGGCCUCCCAGCCACAGGUCGCCAUGCAGCAACCGGCCGUUCAUGUCCAGGGCCAGGAGCCGCUGACUGCUUCCAUGCUGGCUGCUGCCCCUCCUCAGGAACAGAAGCAGAUGCUGGGUGAGCGUCUGUUCCCCCUGAUCCAGAACAUGCACCCAAGCCUGGCGGGCAAGAUCACCGGUAUGCUGCUGGAGAUCGACAACUCCGAGCUGCUUCACAUGCUCGAGUCGCCCGAGUCUCUGCGCUCAAAGGUGGAUGAGGCCGUUGCUGUGCUCCAGGCCCACCAGGCCAAAGAGGCUGCUCAGAAGUCCACCACCCCCGCUGGUGUUCCCAGCGUCUAAGAUUGAGCAUUUUGAAACCUGCUUCACCGAUGAAAAAGAGAAAAAAAAAAAACUUAAACAUCGAAAAACCUAAAACUCUGAAAACAUCGAAAAAUGAUAAAUUAUUUCUUUAAAAAAAAAAAGAAAAGGACAAAACGAUUGACUCUGCCAGGUCUGGGGACGGUUUGACUAGACCUUGAUCAUUUAAAAAAAAAAAAUUGUUUAAAAAAAUAGCAAAAUAGAGAAAAAUUGAAAUUAUAAAUUUGAAUGCAUUCCUCUGUUUUAUGUCAUUUUACUGUCAGUGCUCAGAAUAUCAGCCAUGUUUAGGAAGGUGGUCGCUGAGCAAUUGGAAAGGUGAUUUGUAUUGUGAACUACUGGCUGUAAUAAAUAAAUAAAUUCAUUCAAACAUUA